CUCCCUCCCAUAAACACGGCGACCGAGUGCCAAGCCUCAUCUCCCCCAUUCCUCCAUCUCCGCUUUCUUUCUACCAGUCCCAGUCUUCUUCAACUAGCUACACCAAGCAUCCGAGUUGAGCAUUGAGCAAUGGCGGCCAAGAUCUACAUUGUGUACUACUCCACCUAUGGUCAUGUGGCCAAGCUAGCAGAUGAGAUUCAGAAGGGCGUGUCUUCGGUCGAAGGCGCGGAGGUCAAGUUAUGGCAGGUCCCGGAGACUCUCUCUGACGAAGCACUCGCAAAGAUGGGUGCUCCACCGAAGAGGGAUGACGUACCGGUCAUCUCACCGGCAGAGCUCGCCGACGCCGACGGCCUAAUCUUCGGGUUCCCCACUAGAUUCGGCAUGAUGCCCAUGCAGUUCAAGGCGUUCAUGGACGGCACUAGUGAGCUGUGGUGCCCGCAGCGGCUCGCCGGCAAGCCCGCUGCAUUGUUCUUCUCCUCUGGUUGCCAGGGCGGUGGCCAAGAAACCACUGCGUUGACGGCCAUUACUCAGCUGGUGCACCAUGGCAUGCUCUUUGUUCCUGUCGGGUACACGUUUGGCUCAGGCAUGUUUGAGAUGGGGCAAGUGAAGGGUGGAAGCCCGUAUGGGUCUGGCACCAUUGCUGGGGAUGGAUCACGAGUUCCCACUGAGCUUGAGCUGCAACAAGCCUUCCACCAAGGGAAAUACUUUGCCGGGAUCGCAAAGAAGCUUAAGGGUUCUCCAUGAUCGACGGCCACCAAGACCGUGUCUACAUGAAUAAAGUUUGAGCUUAGCUCGACAUCUGGUAGCUUCAUCGGUUCAACGAUUGUAAAAUGCUUAGUUCUUAACUAGAGUAGGUUACAAUUGGAUCUAUGACGACCAUGGUUGCUGUUAUAACAUUUGCUGUCAUGGUCUCAACCUCCUUUUCGAAAAAAAAAACAUUUGCUGUCAUGUCUUGCACAUUUCUGUGCUCCAGGCAGAAAAUCUAAAACAGAGAUCCUAACGAAA